AUGCAUAUUAUACCUCUUUGUCUUUUAUCCUUUGGGCUGGCGCAGUCAUCUGCAGCAUGGCAGCUCACAUACUAUGCUACCGAGACAGUCUUACCUCUAGCAUGGGGAGGCAAAACAACAACCAUCACUCCAGUUGUGACGACGGCCCCUCUUACAGUCUCGCCAGUAUCCACAUCGACUGCCUACUCUACCGAUUAUGCGCAAGGAAAUAAACUAGACCAUGGCAAAAUCAACGUCACGACGGAAUAUCUCAUUUUGCCAAACGUUACAGGCCUGCCCGUUAGCGCCUUCUAUCUCUUCGCGCCGCCAUCGGAAUCUACAACUGCUAGUCCAACCAUCACCACUCGUUAUUAUGUCCCAGUCACACUCAGCAAUCCCGCAUCAUGCACCAAGACAACAUUUACCUAUACUGAUUCUAUCGAUGUCGUGCUUCCCAAUAGUCUGACUGCACAGGCGACUGAUUCAAGUCUCGCGGCGUAUGUCACCACCUACGUCUCAACAAUCAGUACCAAUCUCGGUGGUCAAGCCGUGACCACUUCACGCUGCGACGUGUACCUGAAUAGCAAAGCUGUUCCCGAAGCAACUAUAUUGAUUAACGGGUUAAUCACCGAGUGUGUCGAUCCAAGACGGUCUACGUGCAGUGCAGGAGAUAAUCAGAAGGCUACGGGUUCGGGAGGAUGCAACGGGGUAUAUCCGCCAACAGGGGCUUCAAACCCUACAUCAACAUCUACGGCUGGAACAACCAAACAGCCCACCAAGAUAGGCGGAGCUUCCGUUGCGAGGCAAUCAAUUGGGUUGCUAGGUCUAUGGAGCUUGGUCAUGGUUGUCUGGAUUGGAUUGAUCUAA